GGAGUUUUGGCCACCCGCUGCGACCACCGGGUGAACUUCGUAAAUGUUCGGCAGCUGGCAGCAGAACACAAAAUCGAACUUGCUGUUGAAAGAGCCUACAACGGCCGCGGCCCCUUGUAUCUGGAGGUGUCUGUACACUCCAGCAGCGAAUCUGCAUGCUUGGGGGGCUGCUCGACAAAUGAAGGAUCUUUCAUUUUGAGUACUUUCAAAGAAAUGCCAAUUUCUUUUUGUCUCCCCAAAAUAAGGCCUGCAGCAGCAGCAGCAGCAGCAGCAGCAGCAGCAGGGGCUGGGGGGCAAGAGAGAGAACGCGCCGAGACGCUCGACGAAGAAAACCAGCAAAAACCCAUUUACCUCUUCUACACUCUGCAUGUGGACCAGCCAGGAGUGCUGUCUACAGUGCUGUCCUUUUUAGCAGCAGCAAAUAUCAACAUUGCUAACUGCCACUUGGGCCGCCGCCUCAUGCAUAAGCAGCAGCAGCAGCAGCAGCAGCAGCAGCAGCAGCAGCAGGGCUCUGGACACAGCGAAAAGGGAACUAACGGCUCCACGCAGGGACCCCCAAGCCAGGGGGGCCCCCACGCUGCUGCAGCAGGCAGGGGCCCCUCUGGGGGGGGCCCCCAGGGGGCCCCCGGGGGCCCCUCUGAAGUGCUGGGUCUUUGCAUAUUUCAAACUGACAGCGAAAGAGGCAAUGCUCUUUGCUACUCCCUGGACCCUUGGGCAGACCAGGAUGGGCUGAGCUGCAGCAGCAGCAGCAGCAGCAGCAGCAGCAGCAGCGGCAGCAGCUGCAGAGCAGCAGCAGUAGCAGCUGCUGCAGCAACAACAGCGGGAUGGGCGGAUGAACGUGCGAAGGGGUUGAGCGAACAGAAGUGGCAACAGGCGGAGAGGGAAUUGCAGAGGCUGCAGCAGCAGCAGCAGCAGCAGCAGCAGCAGCAGCAGUAG